CAAUAUUUGUUAAAUGGCGGCAUACAUAAAGCAAUUUUGCAUUUUUGUUGUUUUUCGUUUCUAAGUAUGCAAAUAUUCGUUAAUUUGUGUAGAUUUUUCGAGUAGACGUCAUUUAACAAAAACAUGGAGGGUGAUGAAUCGUCAGCGUUGAAGGCUCCUGUAUCGGGUCGAAGGCCGGUUCCGGAUGGGGUGAAAACCAUUGACUGUACAGACUUUUGUCGGCGGCUCGGGUUUUCCCGGCCACCGAUACGUCAUGUGUGGUGUGUCAAGGACAUCUGUGGUAUAAUCUGCGCUAUCUUCACCUGGAUGCUGAUCUUCUACGCGGAGUACGUUGUCAUGGUGAUCAUGCUCAUUCCGUGCCCCAACACCUGGUACAGCAUCAUCCAUGGGGCCAUCUACAACCUGUGUUCAUUCAUGGCAUUCAGUGCUCACUGUCGAUGUAUGUUUUCUGAUCCGGGAGCUGUUCCCAAAGGAAAUGCUACAAGAGAAAACAUUCUCCGACUGGGACUAAGAGAGGGAGAAGUUGUUUUUAAAUGUCCCAAGUGUAUCAGUAUCAAACCAGAGAGAGCACACCAUUGCAGCGUGUGUCAGAGAUGUAUCCGGAAGAUGGAUCACCACUGUCCGUGGGUGAACAACUGUGUAGCUGAAUAUAACCAGAAAUAUUUUGUACUUUUUACACUGUAUAUUUGCCUUAUCUCGUGCCAUGCCUUAUAUAUGGCUGUCAAUCAUUUCAUCAUCUGUAUUGGAAGAGACUGGAAAGAAUGUUCCGGUGUUUCACCUCCUGCCACAACCAUCUUUCUUAUAUUUCUCAUGUUCGAGGGAAUUCUCUUUGGUAUUUUCACUGCAAUCAUGAUGGGCACACAGCUGUCAGCAAUCUGCUCGGAUGAAACGGGCAUUGAGCAGCUGAAGAAGGAGCAGGCCACGUGGUCGCGGAGGUCCAAGUGGCUCAGUCUCAAGGCCGUGUUCGGUCACCCCUUCUCCUGGACGUGGUUCUCGCCCUUUUCCACACCACAGUUUGUCUACCAGAAGAAUUUCACGUACGCUGUCUGACGACACGAGAAAGUGCCGGCCUCCAAUAACUGCUUGUAUUGAAUUUCUGUUGUUAGUUUCUGUUUCAUCAUUAAAGGGACAUUCCUGAGUAUGCUGCAACUUUUAAUAUGUUAUCGACUAACAGAGCUUUUUUAACGAUUGUAAUUACAUAUCAAAUAUAUUUGUUGGCAUAAAA